AUGUCGGACAUAACAAUGAAACGGCAAGUACUGUUGUUUAUCUCAAUCGUCUCCUUCAGCUCGGUGCUCGGACAGGUCAGCUACUCUAUUCCCGAGGAAAUGCCUAAAGGCUCUUUCGUUGGCAACAUAGCCCAGGACUUAGGUUUAGAUGUCAAAAGACUACUGUCCGGGAAGGCUCGCGUUUUUACACGAGAUAGCACAGCAUACGUCGAACUAAACAGAGAACUGGGAGUCCUCCUGAUUCAAGAGAGAAUAGACAGAGAGGGGCUCUGUAGACAAACGACGCCAUGUGCUUUGCAUUUUCAGAUUUUAUUGGAAAAUCCAAUGGAAUUCUACAGUAUCACUGUUGAAAUCACAGAUAUAAAUGAUAACCCUCCGACCUUCAUCACGGACAAUGUUCAAUUUAAUAUCAGCGAGUCUGCGCUUAGUGGCACUACAUUCAAUUUAGAUAGGGCUUCUGAUCUUGAUGUAGGGGGAAAUGGUUUAAAAACAUAUGUCUUGAAACCAACUGAUAUAUUUUCUCUGAAAAUGAAUAAUCAAGGAGAUGGCAGUAAAAAUGUUGAGAUGGUUUUGAAUUCACCGCUGGACAGGGAAAAAAGUGAACACCUUUCUUUAGUUCUGACGGCGGUGGAUGGCGGCGAGCCGCAGAUGUCAGGAACAAUGCAGAUUCACAUCACCGUUUUAGACGCUAAUGACAAUGCCCCUGUUUUCACACAGUCUUUUUACAAAGCCUCUAUUAAAGAAAAUGCACCAGUAGGAACAGCUGUACUGACAGUUACUGCCAAAGAUGCAGACCACGGAUCUAAUGGUAGGAUAACGUAUUCAAUUUCAAGUAUGCUAGAUCAUACCCGUGGAAUGUUUGAAAUAAAUAAGGAAAGUGGCGACGUCACCUUGAAUGGAAAACUUGACUAUGAAAAGGCAAGAAAUUUUCAGGUUAAUAUUCGCGCAAGUGAUGAUGGAGGACUGACUGGUUCUUGCAAACUGAUAGUUGAUGUAUUAGACAUGAAUGACAACCGCCCUGAUAUUCAUAUUAUGUCGAAAACAAAUUUAAUAUCGGAAGACGCAAAACCUAACACUGUCGUGACAAUGAUAAACGUGGAGGAUGCAGACUCUGCUGAAAAUGGAAAAGUCCAAUGCGUCAUUAAUGAUAAUAACAAUUUCAUGUUAAAGUCAACAACUAAUAAUUUUUAUAGCUUAGUAACAGAUAGUGAUUUGGACAGAGAGAGAGCUUCUGAGUAUAAUAUAACAGUCACUUGCUCUGAUGAGGGAGUGCCCUCUCUCUCCAGCAGCGUCACUCUCACCUUACAGAUCUCUGAUGUGAAUGACAACGCGCCUGUCUUUGAGAGGAGCUCAUAUGAGGCCUACAUUGUAGAAAACAACACACCAGCCCUCUCUAUAUUUACAGUGAAAGCCAGAGACGUUGACUGGAAUCAGAAUGCCCGUGUUUCUUACAUACUGGAGGACUCCUCUGUUAACGGAGUGCCUGUCUCUUCAUACGUGUCCAUUAGUGUUGAUAGUGGAGUCAUCCAUGCAGUGCGCUCUUUUGACUACGAGCAGAUCAAAGAUUUCCACUUCCGCGUCAAAGCGCAGGAUGGAGGCUCUCCUCCACUCAGUAGCAAUGUGACUGUGAAAAUACUGAUCCAGGACCAGAACGACAACCCUCCUCAGGUUCUGUACCCAGUCCAGACUGGUGGCUCUCUGGUCGCUGAAAUGGUGCCUCGUUCAGCAGAUGUGGGCUAUCUGGUGACCAAAGUGGUGGCUGUUGAUGUGGACUCUGGACAAAAUGCCUGGCUCUCCUAUAAACUGCAGAAAGCCACAGACAGGGCGCUGUUUGAAGUGGGCUUACAGAAUGGAGAAAUAAGAACUAUUCGCCAAGUCACUGAUAAAGAUGCAGUGAAACAAAGACUGACUGUUAUAGUGGAGGACAACGGGCAGCCCUCUCGUUCAGCUACAGUCAUUGUUAACGUGGCGGUGGCGGACAGCUUCCCUGAAGUGCUGUCGGAGUUCACUGACUUUACACACGACAAGGAGUACAAUGACAACCUGACUUUUUACUUAGUGUUGGCUCUGGCUGUAGUUUCCUUCCUCUUCAUCACGUGUUUAGUGGUUAUUAUAUCAGUGAAAAUCUACAGAUGGAGACAGUCUCGCAUCCUGUAUCACUCCAAUCUCCCUGUGAUUCCAUAUUAUCCACCACGUUACUCAGACACUUUGGGGACAGGGACUCUGAAGCACGUGUACAAUUACGAGAUGUGCAGAACGACUGACUCCAGAAAGAGUGACUGUAAGUUCGGCAGAGCUGGUAGUCAGAACGUGCUGAUAAUGGACCCCAAUUCUACAGGGACGAUGCAGCGGAUACAGAAUGAAAAGAGCAUCCUGGACGAACCAGACUCUCCUCUAGAGGUUAGAAUUUUCUAG